AUGUAUCCAUUUACUGCUGUGGUGAAUGUUUUACUUUUCCUCUACACAGAAGAGCUGUUGGGUUGGAUUCUCGCCACGUGCUGUAAGCGUUGCUGCUGCCGUGGUCCCUGCGGCCGGCAUUCAUCCAGUUUGGUGCCCGAUAUUCACUUUGACAGUGACAGCUAUGUGAGCCGUGAACAACUUGUUUCCGAGAGGAUUGAGAGCAACAGCGUGAUUACUACAACGGGGUUUUGCGCAGUAGUUAGAGCCAUUGCAUGUGCCACGGUGACGGGGCUUCCUCCCGGAAUGGCGCCAUACACGGUUGCCGCAUCAACUGCUGCUGAUGUUUAG